UCGAGCUCAGACUCCGAAGUACUUGCCGAAGUACCUGCUGCCUCUUUGUGCCAUGCCUGGACGCAGCGUGGCUGGGAUUCCGCAUCCCGCUGGGAAUGCUGCAGGGCAGGCAGGCAGGGUGACAUUUGUUAGCAGUGGGUGUCCUUGAGAGGAGCGAGCGCCGAGAGGAGGGACCAGGUUCUCUUUAAGGGGGCAGGACUUUGGGAACAUUAUGAAGGCAAGAGUGAGCUUCUCCCUCUGCCUUCCACCCUCCCCUCCUUCCCUUCUCUGUUCCGGGACAGAGACCUGGCUUCCCUGCGCUCCCCUUUGCCUGGCAGGGAUGAAGGCAGGAGCUGGGUGCUGGGAUGGGCGGCUGAGCAGGGGAGGAGGAGGAGGAGGAGGAGGAGGGGACGAAGGGGAGGGAGAGGGGGAGGAUCUGCUAAUUACACAGAACAGCUCUGGGGGCUGCUGAAGUCCAGAAUGAAGCAAAGAGCAGCAGAAGCGAGUGCUGCAGUGGGAGCGGAGGAGCCCAAGCAUCACCGAGAGCUGGAGCCGGCUGUUAUCCCUGCUGGGAGCAACUGGGAGCACCCAGGGGAUCCUGCAGCCCUGUCUCCCACAGGAAACAGCCUCCGGCACUGCCACCGAGCCCACUGCCAGCCCCCGGAGAGCCGAGGGGAAGGGGCUGGUGGCUGCAGGACGCAGGGCUGGGCUGCAGGGCAGCGAGGUCAGCCCUGCUAUGGUCACAGGAGGCUAAGAGCCUGCGUGGAUCCACCGGGAAGAGGUGAAGGAUGGCCGCCGAAGGAGGGAGAGCCAAGCCCCCUGCCCUGUCCAGGAUGGAGAACUUCCGAAAGGUGAGGACCUCGGAGGAGGAGAUGCCAUUGCCCUUCCCAGACCUGCCCCCGGACGUGGUGGAGAUGAAAGUGAAGGAGGGCAGCAAGAUCAGGAACCUGAUGAACUUUGCCAUGGCCCAGAUGGAGCUGAAGGGCAGGCGGCAGAUUGUGUUCAGCGGCUGCGGCAGGGCGGUCACCAAAACCAUCACCUGCGUGGAGAUCAUGAAGCGCAAGCUGGGAGGGCUCCACCAGGUCACCAAGGUACGCUACAAAACCGUGCUGGAGGUCUGGGAGAGCCAGGAGCCGCCGCCUGACGGCCCCGCACAGAACCUGACCGUCCACAAGAACGUCCCCUCCAUCUGCAUCCUGCUCUCCCGGGACCCCCUGGAUCCCAACCAGGCGGGAUACCAGCCCCCGGAGCACCGGCGGGAGGCGGGAGAAGACACAGCGGGAUCCUCCCCCAAGGGGCUGAAGCGGCCGCUGCCGCCUCCCUGCGAGGAGCUGCUGCCCAAGAAGCUGCAGGUACAGGUGGCUGACAGCCCCAGGGGCUCGGGGAGCACCGCUGGCCAGCUGGACCACUGACCCCAGUGCCUCCCAUCCCACCGGGCAGCUAUCGAGGCAGGAAUAUCCACUCAUUCUGGGUCACUGAUGGGCUGCAGGCUCCCCCUGACCUGUCCCCACUUGCUGCUCCUUGACCCCUGUGGAUGAGGAUCCCCAGAUUUGGCAUGAGGGUUAAAUGGUUAAACCCAGCAUCUCUCAGUUAUGGAUUGAAGGAGGUGAGGAUGUGUGUGGGGGGGAGCUGGUGACCUCUAAUUCAGCCACCCAGGGACACCGUGACCACCAGCCACAUCCUGCAGCAACGCCCACGGAGCCUGGACCAUCACCACUGCUCCCCACUGCAACACCUCAUCCAUCAGGAGAGAUGGGUUUGCCCCAAGCUUGUUGGAAUAAAACCUUCACUAUCAAACCCCCUGCUGAGGAGCUGUCGGAGUUAUUAAUGCCAGGCUCAGCAUCCUGUGGGGCUGUGAGUCAUCCCAAAAAAAACCACCACCCAAACAAGCACGGGGGUUGCUCCCUCCCUGAGCCCACAGAGCCAAGCACUGCAGUGUGCCUGUGGGACAGCACAAGGAAAUAAAACAACCUGCAUCGGAUACUGUGAUCUGGAGUCAGAUCCACGGGAGCUGGAGGCAAUUGAAGCGUUGGGAGGGGGUUAUUGUGACUGGAUGCAGUGCCCAGCACAGGAUGAGAAGGUUUUGGGGUCGUGCCUUGGCUGCAGAGUGCUUCAGAGCAAAAUCCCUGCUACUUCCAGGGGGUAAUGAGAAAUGAAUGGAAAAUAAAAGC